ACCAGGUGGCACCUCUACGACAAGAAUGCCGCAUUUUUUACGUAAAACUUAUUUUCCGUAAAUGCAACAAGUUUUCCGUGCUCUUCCACUCGAUAUAAUUGAAUCUUUGAACGGGAUUUACGAUCUAUAGAGGCAGGAUAACCAUCGGGACCAUGAUCUACACCACCACGCUGCUGUCUUCGCGGGGCGGCCUUAUCGGCUCGCUGAUGAACAAAGUCAGGCAAGUUGUAGCCAAAGAUCGGCAACCCAGUGCUCCAUCUACUGCCAAUGACACCGACCACAGACCCCUCGCACCUCUCCACAGACCUUUGGCCGCCGCCAACAUCAGCAACACCGCGCCGGUCCAGUCGAAAACGCUGGAGGAGCAGGUGGGCCUACCGCCGCGGCCCAAGAAACCGCUGACACCCUACUUUCGAUUCAUGCGCGAACAGCGGCCCAAACUGAUGGCUGCCAAUCCCAAAAUAACGACCAUCGAAGCCGUGCGCCAGCUUUCCAAGAACUGGUCUGAUGCUGACGCCCAGCUAAAGGAGCGCCUGCAGGCAGAGUUCAAAAGGGACCAGCAGAUCUACCUGGAGCAGCGAACCAAAUACGAUGCUACGCUCACCGAUGAACAGCGGGCCGAGAUCAAGCAGCUCAAGCAGGACAUCGUGGACGCCAAGGAGCGCAGGCAGCUCCGUAAACGGGUUAAAGAGCUCGGGCGACCCAAGAAGCCCGCCUCCGCCUUCCUGCGGUUCAUAGCCAGCGAACGCACCAACACGCCGCAGGGUGACAAGCAAACCUACCGCGAGUGGCACCAGAAGACCACGGCAAAGUGGACCCGCCUGUCCGACUCCGAGAAGGAGGUCUACAUGCAGGAGUCGCGCAAGGAGAUGGAACUCUACAGAAAAGCGAUUUCUAUUUGGGAGGAGAAGAUGAUCCGCCUAGGCCAUAUCGACGUGGUGCGCCACGGUAAUCUGAUUGAUCCACCGGAGCCAAAGACCCGCAAGACGCAAGCUGCCAAAGAUAAAUAGUGCUAGCUGCUUGGCCAUUGCCCUACGCCAUCACAACUCUUCGCAAUUCACACAUCAUCCAGUUUUUUCGUUUUUCUUCCUUCAUCAAAAAUUGUUAAGGUUAAGGCAUUAAAGAUUAAAUGCUAGCCCGCAUAAGUUUAACUUAAAAUCCCUUGUUCCUGCAGUUAGUUUUACGAAAGGUACAAAUAUUCAGUUUUCUGGAUCAUCUAAAUAGUUCCAGCAUUAAAUAUAAAGCUAGUUUUUGACGAA